UUGUGAAAUGCGCAGGCGCCGGAGAUGCGAUCAAUCUGACAGAAGUUCUCAUGACGCCAUAGCGGGGACUGCUGGAAAAUAUCUCAGUUGUUUGAAGUGAAAAUGGCAGUGGAGAAGCGCUUGGCAUUCUCUAUUGUGCAGUUCCUGCGAGAUCAAACACACUGUGGUGCUUUGAAUUCCGAUGAGCAGGAAAGCCUUGAAGUCGCCAUACAAUGUUUGGAGACAACCUUCAAGAUCAACUCCAGUGACUGUCAUCUCGCAGCACCACAACCUCUCACUGAAAUAUUCCUCAACUCUCUCCUCAAGAAUGACCAGAAUAACUUGGUGCUACCAGAGACAUCCCCAUCACCAGAAGACACAGAAAGGGCAGAACAGUUGAAGAAUGAAGGGAACAAUCAUAUGAAAGAGGAGAACUACAGCUUUGCGGUGGAGUGUUACACAAAAGCCAUCGAUUUAGACCUCCGAAAUGCUGUCUACUUCUGUAACAGGGCUGCAGCACACAGUAAACUGGGGAACUACACAGAGGCAACGGGAGACUGUGAAAGGGCCAUAGGGAUCGACCCUAGCUACAGUAAAGCCUAUGGGAGAAUGGGAUUGGCAUUGACUGCUAUGAAUAAGUACCCAGAGGCCAUCUCCUACUUUAAGAAAGCCCUGGUUUUAGAUCCAGGGAAUGACACCUACAAAUCCAACCUGAAGAUCGCUGAGCAGAAACAAAAAGAGGCAUCCAGUCCUAUGGCUACGGGACUGGGAUUUGACAUGGCCAGCCUUAUCAACAACCCUGCCUUCAUCAGCAUGGCCGCCAGUGUGAUGCAGAACCAACAAGUGCAACAGCUUAUGUCAGGGAUGAUGUCCAAUGCGGUCGGGGGUCCAGCAGCAGGAGUUGGAGGACUGUCUGACAUCUCCAGCCUGAUUGAAGCUGGUCAGCAGUUUGCCCAGCAGAUCCAGCAGCAGAACCCAGAACUGAUCGAACAGCUGAGGAACCACAUCCGCAGCCGCUCCUUCAGUGGCAGCGCUGAGGAGCACUCGUGAUCCACACAGCGUACAUUUCAAUAGAGGAAGGGCAACCAUAUGUCGUGAUUACAAUCUCUACACCCAUUCCUUAAACUCACAUCACCGGCAGAGCUGGAAUGAAGAGACAGACGGAGAUGGGGACGAUGGCACUUUACUGGGACUGUAUCUUCAGAGAGGAGGGGAGAGAUGAGAAACAGUCUACACCUUCUACAUACCUAAUAAGAAGAGAGAGUAUCCAACACAUUCUAUGUAGAUACUCAAACAGGAAAUAGAGUAUCAACCACAUUCUAGACACCCAAUUAGUUUCAAAAACAUUCCCACCAAUCAGGAGAAAGAAUAUUCAGUUCGAGACCCAAUCAGGAGACAGUCUCAACUAAUUAUUCUAAAUAUCCAACCCAGUGCACAGCAAAUAUUUAAUCUUUCCUCAAUAAUGUUCCAUUCCAAAUGGAUUUCUGUGUUUUUCUAUAGUGUGUUGUAGUAGCAAUGUGUAAACCAUUUCCGUGUUCCUAUACUUUGGUAUAUUUUGUUGAUCCUUUGGUCCGCACUGAUUUCACUGAUCCAACAGAAUUGUACGUAGGAGAAUGCAGGGGUGUAUACAGUGAGGUGAAACAUUUAGAUAUAAAUUAAUAUAGCUGAUAGGAUUCCCUAUUCUACAGUACCAGUCAAAAGUUUGGAAACACCUACUUAUUCAAGGGUUUUUCUUUAUUUUUACUAUUUUCUA